CCCGCGCCGCCCAGUUGCCCAUUUGCGGCCUCUGGAGGUGAUCGGGCCGCAGCCGGCGAACCGGUCAGCGGACGAACUAGUGGAAAGACGGGUGGGCCGGGCUGGUCUUUCUGAGGAAGCAGGCGGGGUCCGCUUUCCGGGGUCCUUCCAGCACCCCGACGUCUGCGCAGGCCGGCGAGGGAGACGGCUCCUGAGGAGCCGCGGACGCUGUCCCCGGCUGCCGCCAUGGCUGCCAUGACGGGUCGGAAGUGAACCUCAGGGCGAAGGCUGCCGGUGCUCGGAGCCCCAGCUUCUCCGGUCGCCGCCCCCCGUGACCGCCGACUCUCACGGCUCUCGGGACCCCAGGCGCUCCGCGGCGGCGCCCGCCCCGCGCCCCCGGCUUUUUCUUUUUGUUGCCGAGACUGAGCGGCGGGGAGUGGCCCCCGGCCUCGGGCCCCGGCUUCCACGAACAUGGCGGACCCGGCCGAGUGCAACAUCAAAGUAAUGUGUCGCUUCAGACCACUCAACGAGGCUGAAGUGAACCGCGGCGACAAGUACGUCGCCAAGUUUCAGGGCGACGACACGGUCGUGAUCGCGUCCAAGCCUUAUGCAUUUGACCGGGUGUUCCAAUCAACCACAUCUCAAGAACAAGUAUAUAAUGACUGUGCAAAGAAGAUUGUUAAAGAUGUGCUUGAGGGAUACAAUGGAACAAUAUUUGCAUAUGGACAAACAUCGUCUGGGAAGACGCACACAAUGGAGGGUAAACUUCAUGAUCCAGAAGGCAUGGGAAUUAUUCCAAGAAUAGUGCAAGAUAUUUUUAAUUAUAUUUACUCCAUGGAUGAAAAUUUGGAAUUUCAUAUUAAGGUUUCGUAUUUUGAAAUAUAUUUGGAUAAGAUAAGGGACCUAUUAGAUGUUUCAAAGACCAAUCUUUCAGUUCAUGAAGACAAAAACCGAGUCCCUUAUGUAAAGGGGUGCACAGAGCGUUUUGUAUGUAGUCCAGAUGAAGUUAUGGAUACUAUAGAUGAAGGAAAAUCUAACAGACAUGUAGCAGUUACAAAUAUGAAUGAACAUAGCUCUAGGAGUCACAGUAUAUUUCUUAUUAACGUGAAACAAGAGAACACACAAACGGAACAAAAGCUGAGUGGAAAACUUUAUCUGGUUGAUUUAGCUGGUAGUGAAAAGGUUAGUAAAACUGGAGCUGAAGGUGCCGUGCUGGAUGAAGCUAAGAACAUCAACAAGUCACUCUCAGCUCUUGGCAAUGUCAUUUCUGCUCUGGCUGAGGGCAGUACUUACGUUCCAUAUCGAGAUAGUAAAAUGACAAGAAUUCUUCAAGAUUCAUUAGGUGGCAACUGUAGAACCACUAUUGUAAUUUGCUGCUCUCCUUCGUCAUACAAUGAGUCUGAAACAAAAUCUACACUCCUGUUUGGUCAAAGGGCCAAAACAAUUAAGAAUACAGUUUGUGUCAAUGUAGAAUUAACUGCAGAACAGUGGAAAAAGAAGUAUGAAAAGGAAAAAGAAAAAAAUAAGACCCUGCGGAAUACUAUUCAGUGGCUGGAAAAUGAGCUCAACCGGUGGCGCAAUGGGGAGACAGUGCCUGUGGAUGAGCAGUUUGACAAAGAAAAAGCCAACUUGGAAGCUUUUGCAAUAGAUAAGGAUGUUACUAUUACCAACGAUAAACCAGCAGCCACCAUUGGAGUUACUGGAAACUUCACUGAUGCCGAAAGACGAAAAUGUGAAGAAGAAAUUGCUAAACUAUACAAACAACUUGAUGAUAAAGAUGAAGAAAUUAACCAGCAGAGCCAACUGGUAGAGAAACUGAAGACACAAAUGUUGGAUCAGGAGGAGCUUCUGGCAUCCACCAGAAGAGAUCAAGACAAUAUGCAAGCCGAACUGAAUCGCCUUCAAGCUGAAAAUGACGCCUCUAAAGAAGAAGUAAAGGAGGUUCUACAGGCCCUGGAGGAGCUGGCUGUCAAUUAUGAUCAGAAGUCUCAGGAAGUUGAAGAUAAAACUAAGGAAUAUGAGUUGCUUAGUGAUGAGCUGAAUCAGAAAUCAGCAACUUUAGCAAGUAUAGAUGCUGAACUUCAGAAACUUAAAGAAAUGACUAACCAUCAGAAAAAACGAGCAGCUGAAAUGAUGGCAUCUUUACUAAAAGAUCUUGCAGAAAUAGGAAUUGCUGUGGGGAAUAAUGAUGUAAAGCAGCCUGAGGGAACUGGCAUGAUAGAUGAAGAGUUCACUGUGGCAAGACUGUACAUCAGCAAAAUGAAGUCAGAGGUAAAAACCAUGGUGAAACGCUGCAAACAGCUUGAAAGCACCCAGACUGAGAGCAACAAGAAAAUGGAAGAAAAUGAAAAGGAGUUAGCCGCAUGCCAGCUUCGGAUCUCCCAACAUGAAGCCAAAAUCAAGUCAUUGACUGAAUACCUUCAAAAUGUGGAGCAAAAGAAAAGACAGCUGGAAGAAUCUGUUGAUUCCCUCAGUGAAGAGCUAGUUCAGCUUCGAGCACAAGAGAAAGUUCAUGAGAUGGAAAAGGAGCACUUAAAUAAAGUUCAGACUGCAAAUGAAGUUAAGCAAGCUGUUGAACAGCAGAUCCAGAGCCACAGAGAAACCCAUCAGAAACAGAUCAGCAGCUUGAGAGAUGAAGUUGAGGCAAAGGAAAAGCUCAUCACUGACCUUCAAGACCAAAACCAGAAAAUGAUGUUAGAACAGGAACGUCUUAGAGUAGAACACGAGAAGCUGAAAGCUACAGAUCAGGAAAAGAGCAAAAAACUACAUGAACUUACGGUCAUGCAGGACAGACGAGAACAAGCAAGACAAGACUUGAAGGGUUUGGAAGAGACAGUGGCAAAAGAACUUCAGACUUUACACAACCUGCGUAAGCUCUUCGUUCAGGACCUGGCUACCAGAGUGAAGAAGAGUGCCGAGAUUGAUUCUGAUGACACUGGGGGCAGUGCUGCGCAAAAGCAGAAAAUCUCCUUUCUUGAGAACAAUCUUGAACAACUCACUAAAGUGCACAAGCAGUUGGUACGUGAUAAUGCAGAUCUUCGCUGCGAACUUCCUAAGCUGGAAAAGCGACUGAGAGCUACAGCUGAGAGAGUGAAAGCCUUGGAGUCAGCACUGAAAGAAGCCAAAGAAAAUGCCUCUCGGGAUCGGAAACGCUAUCAGCAAGAAGUAGACCGCAUAAAGGAAGCAGUGAGGUCCAAGAACAUGGCCAGGAGAGGGCAUUCUGCCCAGAUCGCUAAACCCAUCCGUCCCGGGCAGCAUCCAGCAGCUUCUCCUACUCAUCCAAGUGCAAUUCGUGGAGGUGGCGCCUUUGUGCAGAACAGCCAACCUGUGGCGCUGCGAGGCGGCAGCAAGCAAGUGUGAACCUACCACCGGUGUUGAAAAUAAUUGAAGUAUGAAAAGGACAUAGUAUCCGAGUCUUUCAGUGACUAUCACCUCUACCCCUGGGAUUGUAGAAUUAAAACUUUUUUCUAAAAAAUGUAUAAAUGAUCCCUGGCUUGUACAGCUGUUUCCUGCCCAUUCUUCUUGUAAACUCUGCUGCUUCCCAACACAACCAGAGUGCAGUUCGGGCAUCUUAGAGAGGAAAACACCAGUUUACAACUGUGGCCCUAUUUAUUACACAGUUUGUCUUUCGUGUCUUCGGUUUAGUCUUCACUGUGCCAAGUUAACUCUACCUGACAGGACUGUGCUUUGUGUGUAUGCGUGUUGUAUGUUUAUUUUUUAAUCUCAGUUUAAAUUACCUAGCUGCUACUGCUUCUUGUUUUUCUAUUAAAACGUCUUCCUUUUUAUUUUUCUUAGGGAAAAUGGAACAUUUAGAUUAAAUGUCUUAAAUUGUACCACUUACAACACUACAUGCCCACAAAAUGUAUCAGGUCAGUACUAUAUUUGAAAAGCCCUUGAACUGAUGAUGCCUGGGCUACAGUUUCUUGUAUCGUUUCUGAAGUUUGCGCACUGAAACUACACUGGCUAACUAGGCGUUUGAGAUUGAACAAGGCCACUUUAUUGUCAUCUCAUGAAAUGCCUGUUGCUGAGUUUGGAAAGCAAAGUGUCUUCUUCCUGAUUUUGUGCUUCUCUUGGUGGAAUGAAAAUACCUCAUUUCAUUCUGUUGAGCUUGCUAACUAAUGCAAGAAUUGGACAGUUACUAAUUUGUCAAUACAGUAAACUGAGUCAAAAUAAUUGUAAAAACAGCUUUAUGUAUUAAAAAUUGCAUUGAUCUAUAUUCAUAGCCUUUGGAAAUUGAGGAACAAUAUUAAUAGGACUGAUACAUGAUGUGGAUUAAGUAUGUAGGUAAAUUUUGGUCUGAAAUCCCUCAAGUGUUUAUAAGUCAUACAUGAUGGUGUAUGUUUUGUUUAGUCUAGAAUUGUUUGUGAGUCACUAAUCCUGGAAUUUGGUUGGUCACAGCCCUUAAUAAUACUAAGUGUAUAUCUGUUGUUAACCAGUUCCUCCUCAAAUGAUUAAACUAAGUCAACAGUUUAUUUUAGAAAACUAUAGACGUAAUAGAGAUUUCAAUAUUUGCUUCAUCAGUUGGGGGUGUGACUGCAACUAUAUUGGCAAAAAGUCACAGAGAGUGGGAAUUUAAGGUUAUUCAUUCAGUAGAAGAGAAACUUGGAAAGUUCUGUGUUAGGAUUUGGCAGACAGGAUUAACUUUUUGAAAAAGUUUUAUACAUAGAUAUUUGUAUUAAUAAAUUUGGAGCCAUAGUUAGAAGAUCUAGAUGAUAAUUGGCUUAUUUUUCUAUUUCCUUAACUAUUGUAAUUUCCACUUUUAUAAUAAUUUUGAUUUAAAAAUAAAUUUAUUUAUUUAUUUUUUUAACAGUCGGAAAUCUUUGCGGUAGUCUUGAACCUUUAAAAUGAUUGUGUUGCUUUUCAAAUUGAUCACACACUCCAAAAACUGAGACGAAACCUUAAUGUAGUUAAUAAUGUGCGAUAGCCUCUGUGUGAUAUGGAUCUCUAAGUGAUGCAACACUUGGCUGCAUUCACAUUUAUUUGUUUUCACAUGAAAACUUGCUUCUUUAGCAAUAUUCUUAAAUGCAGCGGAAUUUUUGUUUUCUUUUAUCUGAAUGUGGUAGUUUGAUGUAUCCUGGGUAUCGGUGCUGUGUAACAAUGAAUUGUAACUAGCAUGUGGUUCCGAGUACACAAUGUUAGGUUUUAAGUACCUUAAUGGUUCUUUUCUAUUCAUAAUUUCAAACUUUCAUAAAGUAUACCUUAAAUUUCCUAAAUUUGUUUUCCAUGAACUGCUUUUUGUUGUAAUAGGCAUUAAACACAGCAUUUACUUUUAUACAUGACAGUUUCUGAUCAUCUACAGUAUCGACACUUCAAUUUGCAGUGUCUUUUUUUUCUUUUGGUCUGGAUAUAUUGACAUUUAUCUUAAUAGUAUUGGUAAAUGGUUCAGAAGACAAACUCAAAUAAAAGUAGUAUUUAUUCAUGGUGA